AUGAUGGACGCAAAGUCAUUUCUUUACUCUUGGUGUGCUAGGAAAGGAUUUACGCCGGUUUACGAUAUCCGGGCUACGGGACCAAAACAUCGUCAGCGGUUUCUAUGUGAAGUUCGUGUGGGUACAAUCACUUAUGUUGGGGCGGGAAACUCAACUACGAAGAAAGAUGCGCAAAUGAAUGCAUCUAAAGACUUUGUUAGUUACCUAAUAAGGUCCGGAGAGGUAGAUGCGGACGAAAUACCCGAGGAGACAAGGGCUGCUGUUAACAUUGAAGAAGAUAACAAAGCUGGUGGAAGCUCUAAACAGCAGCAAUAUCAACAACCGAAACCUGUGUUUCAGGAGGGUAUGGGUCCUGAAAUGAUGGGUGAAGCGUACCAAGCUUACAGCGGCCAGAACCAUUCCUCAAACUUUACAUACAUAGACCGCAUGCAACAACAAAAGAAUGUUGAAGAGGCCGAAGAGAUGGAUAUCAACGCAAGCCUUCAUGGAAACUGGACAAUGGAGAAUGCAAAGUCCAAACUUCAUCAAUUCUUGCAAGUCAAUAAGAUUAACACGGACUAUAUGUAUAAAGCUGUUGGUCCGGAUCAUACCAGGAGUUUCUCAUGUGAGAUGUCUAUAUUCGUCCGUCAACUGGGUCGUAAUGUGACCGGACGUGAGACCGCAUCAAACAAGCAGACCGCUAGCAAAUCAUGCGCGCUCUCUAUCGUGAGGCAGCUGUACCAUCUCGGUGUGAUUGAGGCCUUCAGUGGAACUUUGAAGAAAGACAGGUCAUCUGAAGGUAUUAUGAAGCCCUACCCUGUGGCUCUCAGCCCUGAAUUGGAAAAGCAACUAGAGGAAACAUUAAAUGAAUUGGAAAUCGAGCCAGUAAAAAUAGACCCGAAGCUGACGUAUACAAGCGAGGAAGGAGGCGCGGGAGGUCUGACUCUCCUACAGUUGGACCGUGUAAAGGCCAUGCGUGAGGCGAGGCAGUUCCCAGCUGGAGUGGUCUCCUGGUCCCCGCCACAGGCCAACUGGAACGCCUGGACUGGGUGUAAUAUUGAUGAAGGUCCACUGGCCACCACUAGCUUGGAGGAGAUCAGUUCUGACUUGGAGAAACAUCACAGGGACAUGUGUCAGAACAGCACUCUGUAUCAGGAGAGUCUCCAAGAAAGGGAACAACUGCCAGUAUACUCGAUGAGGACUCAAAUCAUGGAGGCUAUCAACGAGAAUCCAGUAGUCAUCAUCAGAGGCAACACUGGAUGUGGUAAAACUACUCAGGUAUGCCAAUUCAUCCUGGACGACUAUAUAGCGAGUGGCCAGGGCGCGUGGGCCAAUGUAUGUGUGACGCAGCCGCGACGUAUCUCCGCCAUCAGUGUCGCCGAGCGAGUCGCGUCAGAACGCUGCGAAGAUCUUGCUAAUAGUGUCGGUUACUCAGUGCGUUUCGAGUCGAUGCUCCCUCGUCCGUACGGUUCCAUUAUGUUCUGUACCGUCGGAGUACUGCUGAGGAAGUUGGAGGGAGGGCUGCGGGGAGUCAGCCAUGUACUCGUUGAUGAGGUACACGAACGCGAUGCAGACACGGACUUCGCGCUCAUCUUACUUCGUGACAUGGCGCACACAUACCCGGAGCUACGCAUUAUACUCAUGUCUGCCACAGUCGAUACCACGCUGUUUACUUCUUACUUCGGAAACUGUCCUGUUAUUGAGGUACCCGGUCGCACGUUCCCUGUAAAGCAAUACUUCCUAGAGGACUGUAUAGAGCUGACUCAGUUCGUGCCGCCGCCUGACAUGCGCAAACGCAAGCACUCCGGCAAGAAGACUGACGGACGCGGGGAAGAUGAGGAGGAAGAAGAAGGACCGUCAAUAAUUGAAACUGCAACUAACGAGGAUCAGGAAGAGGACUUGAACAAGAACUGUCAGCUGGCCUCCACUUACUUACCCAGUACUAGUCAGACCAUGUCCAGACUAUCUGAGAAAGAUCUAAGCUUCGAGUUGAUAGAAUGCAUACUACAACACAUUAGAGAAAUGAAAGGCGACGGAGCAGUCCUAAUCUUCUUGCCAGGGUGGAACUUAAUCUUCGCAUUGGCCAAACAUUUGUCACAACACAAAGUGUUUGGCGAUACAUCCCAGUAUGUCAUACUGCCUCUACACAGUCAGAUACCGAGGGAAGAUCAGAAGAAAGUGUUUGUGACACCUCCACCGGGCUUGACUAAGGUGAUCCUCUCAACGAACAUAGCAGAGACCUCAAUCACGAUCAACGACGUGGUGUACGUGAUAGACUCUUGCAAGGCCAAGGUGAAACUGUUCACGUCACACAACAAUAUGACGUCAUACGCCACCGUCUGGGCCAGCAGGACUAAUCUCGAACAGCGCAAAGGCCGCGCAGGUCGCGUCCGGCCGGGCGUGUGCUUCACGUUGUGUUCCCGCGCGCGGUUCGAGCGGCUCGAGGAACAUCAAACUGCUGAGAUGUUCCGCACUCCACUACAUGAACUCGCACUCAGCAUCAAACUCCUCCGCCUAGGUUCCAUCGGUCACUUCCUGUCGAAGGCUCCAGAGCCUCCACCACUGGACGCAGUCAUUGAGGCAGAAGCACUGCUUCGCGAGCUCGGCUGCCUCGACGGGGAAGACAACCUCACACCACUUGGAACUAUACUCGCUAAGCUGCCUAUAGAGCCCCGUCUCGGCAAGAUGAUGGUGUUAGGUUUCGUACUUGGUGUGGGUGACGCGCUCACCACUAUGGCGGCCAACUCCACCACGUUCCCUGAGAUAUUCGUCGUCGAGGGUCGGAGGAGACUGUCCAACCAUCAACGGGCGCUGGCGGGAGAUAGGGCUUCCGAUCAUGUUGCUAUGCUUAAUGCUUUCCAGAUGUGGGAGAGAGAGCAUGCGAAGGGUGAGGAGGCCGAGUUAAAAUGGUGCGAAUGGAAGGGACUGCAGCAGACUACCAUGAGAGUCACUUCUGAAGCCAAGUACCAGCUUACUAACAUCCUGACCACGACCGUGGGUUUCCCCGAGGAGUGCUGCAUCCCCCAGCGCUGGGACCCCACGGGGUCGGACCCCACGCUGGACCUCGUCAUUGCACUCAUGUGUAUGGGGCUCUAUCCCAACGUCUGUCUGCAUCAGGGGAAGAGAAAGGUGCUAACAACAGAAGGGAAACCAGCCCUAAUCCACAAGACGUCAGUGAACUGCAGUAACCAGGAGCAAAGGUUCCCGUCCCCACUGUUUGUGUUCGGGGAGAAAGUCAGGACUCGCGCCAUCUCCUGCAAGCAAACUACUAUGGUCGCGCCGCUACAUCUACUGCUGUUCGCUAGUAGGAAGGUCGAAUGGAUCGACAAUGUGGUUCGUCUGGACAAUUGGUUGAAUUUCGAGAUGAACCCUCGUUCCGCAGCGCUGGUGACAGCUCUGCGCCCCGCUGUAGAGAAACUCGUUGAGAGAGCUGCUUCGGAACCUGACGCAGCUUUGCACUUCACACCGCUUGAACAAAAGGUUGUUGACUGCAUAAAGUCGCUUUGCGUCAUUGAAUCAGGAGACUACAGGAUCCAACGUGAUAUGGGUAUAAUGGCAUUCAGACCAGACCCCGCCGUCAAGAGAGGAGGCAACAGAGGCUGGGGGACUAGCGGACCUCGAGGUGGAGGAGGAUUUGGCGGUGGAUUCGGAGGAAACAGAGGAUUCGGGGGAAAUAGAGGAAACUUUGGAGGCAACAGAGGAGGCCGAGGAAAUCGAGGAUUUUAUGGCGGCAACCAAUUCGGCGGCGGAUUUGAUGGUAACCAAGGCGGAUUCGGCGGUGGCAAUUUCGGAGGAGGCAAUUUCGGGGGCGGCAACUUUGGAGGUUUCCAAGGAAAUCAGGGAGGCUUCGGUGGCAAUGAUAAUGGGUUUGGUUACGGCGGUUUCGGCAACCGAGGCGGUUUCAACCGUGGAGGCUUUAGAGGCCGGGGCAGAGGCAACUGGUGA